AUGCCCCACUCCAAAAGACCAACAAGCUCUGAGUUCGUUUGUCAAGUUCUGUGUUUGUCGUUCUUAUUGUUCUUCAUUCAAGUUGGUUGGUUGUCUUGUGUGCCAGCAGUAUUGGUGAAUGCACAAGGAGUGGUUGUGAAUGCAAACUCUUGUCCAUUCGCCACUCUUCUCUCGAAUUUGCAAUCCUCUUCUUCAGCAACGACAAAUUUCACUGAUUUAAUGAUUCAAAAUCCUUCUCAGUUUGCUUGUGACUCGUUGCCAAAUUCUGCAUUUGAUUACUAUCCGGAUGGUGUCUUGUUUACUGGUAGUGCUUUUACUACUGUCAUCAAUAUUGAAAAUACGAAUCGAUCGUUUUGUGGUGUGGAUGGUGGGUUUGGAAGAGAACGAAAUUUGAGAAUUUGCAAUGAUUUGUUCUCGAAUGACACUUUGGCAGAAAGUUUGUUUUUACCCUAUUUGGAGUCUUUUCGGAAAAACUUUACUUCAUUUGCUGGUGAAAAGAGUGAAUUCUCUCAAGUUCAAACUCUGCAAGUUCUCUUUGGAGAUUUCAAGAAGAAUUAUGGAGAGAAUUCAGUCAUCCCUUUUUUCAAUCGAACUAUUUUUGCAUUUUGCAAAAACUCAAACACUCAACAAUUCACAGCCUUGUCACAAUAUGCAUGUCAUGACAGUUAUGUCGUGUUUUGGACUCCAUUUGCGUCACACCUCUCAUUCAAAAUCAUUGAACUCUUCUUGUUUUUCAUUCAAUUUGUGAUUGGUGUUCUUGUGGUAUUAAUUCCAUUGACUCAAAGAAAUUUUUUGAAAUGGAGAAAUUACUUUAAAUACGUCAAUGAUAGAAAACUCAUUGAAAUUCAAUUAGAACGAAUCAAAAAGAUAGAAAAUACUUCCAAUUGUGUAUCAAGUGUCCCUAGCUCUCCUAACAUGGAAACGGUGCCAUCUUCCACCAGUGUGACAACUGGCAGCCCUACCUCACCAACAGAAACACCACUAAACAAAACACAACAAGCUUCUUCAAAACACCAAAACCAGAAACUCUUUUAG